ACUAUAUAACAAAUAAUUUGAGCUUCAUCAUGGAAUUGUGUCUAUGUUGCUUCCAGCCCCGAGAUGGACUGAAGGAUUCUGAUCCUCUUUUACCACCCAUGAAUGGGCAAGGAAGAGCUGAGCCCCCUGCUCCUGAACAAGAAAAGGUUAUCAGGGAGCAGUUCACAGAGUAUGAACCAGACAUGAAGCCCGUGCCCUCCAGCGACACACAGCCCCUUCUCUCAGACCCCUCACCUGAGGUAGACGAGGAGUGUCCAGCAGCAGCAGCAGCUCCAGGUAACGGGAGGAUUAAGGAUGUGCUGACGGAGGCGAAGUUUGCUGAGAUCAACUCUAACAAGGAUCCGGUUAUGAGGAAGAGUGAUAGUAACAAGAACAUUGCUGGUUUCAGGGACUCACUGUGUGAGCCUACUGCACCCCGACUCUACCCGGAAGUGCCCAAAACACCUGAACCAGUCAGGAUUGUUCCUGUUGUUCUUCCUGUAGAGCAGGAGACAAUCGAUCUUACACCAGCACCUCCGGCUCCAGUUGAAGCUGCCGCAGCUGUAGAGGUACCUGCAGCUGUAGAGGAGCCAACAGCUGUUGAGGAGUCAUCUGAAGGCGAGUACGAGUCCGGUGAGGAGUCAUCUGAAGGAGAGUACGAGUCUGAAGAAUCUGAGGAGGAGGAGGAGGAGGAGGUUGAACCUGAGGUAACCCUCCAAGAGCCUGAAGUAGAAGCAUCGGUUGAGACAGAAGUCAAGGUUACAAGGGAACCAGAGAGCUUCGUCAUCGUACCAGAAGAGACGGUCAGCAUCCCAGCAGAAAGCUUCGUCUACAAGGAACCAGAAGUAGAAGGUGCCGCCCCUGAAUUGGAACUGAUCACUCCAGUAGCCACUUCAACUCCACUAGCUGCGGAGGUGGUUGGAGAGAUGGAGGGAUCUCCAACCAAACAACCCGAGGUGGAGGUAACUGUUGUUCAGGUUCCUGAGGUAGCUGUAGAACCAGAGGCUCCAGUUGAAGCAAUCCCUGAGCCAGUUGUGGAACCAGAGGUUGUCCUUGAGCCAGUUGUGGAACCAGAGGUUGUCCUUGAGCCAGUUGUGGAACCAGAGGUUGUCCUUGAGCCAGUUGUGGAACCAGAGGUAAUCCCUGAGCCAGUUGUGGAACCUGAAGCAGUUGCUGAGGACCUCCCAGAGCCAGUUGUUGAGGAGCCAGUUGUUGAGGAAGUUGACCCGGUGGCUGAAGUUCCUGAUGCCAGUCUGCUUGUUCUUUCCGAACCACCACCAACUUUUGUGGACGAGUCAAUGUCCAUCAUCUCCCGAUCAGAAGUUGAACAUCUCAACUCUGUGCCAGCUGAGGAAGAAAUCGCUGCACCAGAAGAACCAGAGGAGCUCCCAACCUCCGAGCCAUCAGUAGAGACCAUCUCAUCAGAACAGACUAUCUCAGUAGACACCCAGCAGACGAUAUCAAUAGAGUCUGAUAUGGUUACCACCACUGAGACAGAGGUUUUGGUUGAAACUGUUAAUGUUGAGUCUAUGCCUGCUAUGGAGACUAAAGAUCAAUACUACUUCUACGACGACGACGACGAAGGAAUGGAUGACGAGCUGGAUGCUGCUCUCGCCAAAAUACAGGACGCUCUAGACAUGACAACCGACCUGAAAAACGAUUUGGAAAUGACAGCCAAUCACAAUCAAGUAACGAGUUCGGAGAGUCACGUGACAACGAGUCUCACGGAGACGAGGAGUGUGAUUGUUACGGAGGAAUAUGUUUCACAGAGGUCCAGUGUCAGACAAGUUCAGGAGCAAAUUGAAGAAGUGGCAAUUGAAGAGCCAGUCGUUGAAGAAAUUGCCAUUGAAGAGCCAGUCGUUGAAGAAAUUGCCAUCAAAGAGCCAGUCGUUGAAGAAGUUGCCAUUGAAGAGCCAGUCGUUGAAGAUGUGGCAAUUGAAGAGCCAGUCGUUGAAGAAGUUGCCAUCAAAGAGCCAGUCGUUGAAGAAGUGGUAAUUGAAGAGCCAGUCGUUGAAGAAGUUGCCAUCGAAGAGCCAGCUGUUAAGGAAUUGGCUAUCAAAGAGCCCGUCGUUGAAGAAGUUGCCAUCAAAGAGCCAGUCGUUGAAGAAGUGGUAAAUGAAGAGCCAGUCGUUGAAGAAGUGGUAAUUGUAGAGCCAGUCGUUGAAGAAGUUGCCAUCAAAGAGCCAGUCGUUGAAGAAGUUGCCAUUGAAGAGCCAGCUGUUAAGGAAGUGGCCAUUGAAGAGCCAGUUGUUGAAGAAAUUGCGAUCAAAAAGCCAGUCGUUGAAGAAAUUGCCAUCAAAGAGCCAGUCGUUGAAGAAGUGGCCAUCAAAGAGCCAGUCGUUGAAGAAGUUGCCAUCAAAGAGCCAGUCGUUGAAAAAAUUGCCAUUGAAGAGCCAGUCGUUGAAGAAGUUACCAUCAAAGAGCAAGUCGUUGAAGAAGUUGCCAUCGAAGAGCCAGUCGUUGAAGAAGUUGCCAUCAAAGAGCCAGUCGUUGAAGAAGUUGUUAUUUCAGAGCCUAUUGUUGAAGAACUAGCUAUUAAAGAGCCAAUUGUUGAAGAAAUUGCCAUUGAAGAGCCAGUCGUUGAAGAAGUUGCCAUCAAAGAUCCAGUCGUUGAAGAAAUUGCCAUUAAAGAGCCAGUCGUUAAAGAAGUUGCCAUCAAAGAGCCAGUCGUUGAAAAAAUUGCCAUUGAAGAGCCAGUCGUUGAAGAAGUUGCCAUUGAAGAGCCAGUCGUUGAAGAAGUUGCCAUCAAAGAGCCAGUCGUUGAAGAAGUUGCCAUCAAAGAGCCAGUUGUUGAAGAAGUUGCCAUCAAAGAGCCAGUCUUAGAAGCACCAGUUGUUGUAACACCCAUCGUGGCAGCCUCUGUCGUUGAGCAAGUGAACGAGCCUUUAAUCAUUGAACAGGCAAAUGUUGAAGAACCUGCUGUCGAAGAAGUAGAAACAUCUACCAAUAGCCUGGACAUCCCUCAAGAAGAUACUCCUCUUGCAAAAACUCCCGAAAAACUUGUAUUAGAAAGAGUAAUGAAAAUCGCAGAAAAGUACAAUCUCACAGAGUCCCCUCCUAAAACCAACCCUGUUGCUGAUAUUUCAACUGAAUCAGAGGAAUCAAAUAAUAUGGAAACCUCUUCGCCCGUUGUGGAACCAAUCGUUAACCUGACGGAAUCUCCUAAAGAAGUAGAAGAGGAACCUGAAUUGGAAAAUAACGGAAUAACGGGAAAUAACGCUGAUACAGCAGAUGCUGAAGCUGUAUUCGAAAUGGAAGAUAUGGAAACUGAACCCGAAGCUGAGGUUUUGGAGCAAGCGCUGGAAACUGCACCUGAAGUACCAGUAGUACCUGUAGUGCAGGAAGAAGCCGCACUCGCCGAUAUUGGAGUUGAAAAUGAGAUUCUUGAAGCCGAGCCAGUUAUAGUUGAACCUGAAACUGCCAUUGUUGAAAAGGAACCAGAAGAGAAAACCGAAACCGUGACGGUUGAGACACCAACUGAAAUUACGGCUGAAGUGGGAAUCGUUGAAAACGAAAUUGCAGCGGAACCAACUCCUGAACCAAAAGUUGCAAUAAUUGAAGCUAUCGAAACUAAAACUACACUUCCUGUCUUGGACGUUCCAGACAAACCAGCGGCUGUUGGGGAAGAAAAUACUGAACCGGCAAUUAUUGAACCAGAAAUUAUUGAAACAGAGCGGGAAGAAAAUCCUUUUGAAGCUGAAAUAGAAUCGCUUGACGAAAUGGAAAUACCUGAACCCAGCACUUUCGGUGAGAGCGAGUCUUUUGAGCUCCUAGAGAACGAGAAUGUAAAUUCUUUAGAGGAGAUAAAAAUGUCGGAUGAAUGCUCACCGCGAGACCUUCCGACUGUGUUUGAGAAUCAGGCGGCCUACCCUGGGAAGCUUGUCAAGGAAUCAGAGUCGUUACUGAUUGAAGAUAAGGAAAACAGUCCAAUCAAUAUUGUUUCAGAGGUGUCAGAUGUAAGCAAAGAAUAGCUCCAACACUCAGACCAGAGGAAAUCACUCGGCGGAGGAAAAACCCGGCGGGUUCAUCAGAAAAACCCCAUAAAUCAGAUGCACGCGGACUAGUUCUAUUCAGUGUUGAAAAUCCCACCGUUAUAUUACGGUCACGUGUGGACCACGUGUAAACCACGUGUGUAAUUGUGUGUAUGUGUCACGUGUGAUACAUUCAGUGGUAUAUAUAUCAGCUCUCUCAGAAGACUUGAAGACACAGAAAUUUACAUACAGAUUUUAACUGCUCAGACAAAGAAUGUGUCACGUGGUGCAAUGUGCAUGCUGUUUUGUAUUACAUUUAAAACUGUGAAAAUUUACUUAUUUUGAUUAAGAUUAAUUAAUUUUCACGUUUUAUUACGUAUUAUACGCAUAUUAAAAGAUACUUACAAUUAUUGUAGUAUCUGUUAAACUUUACGGUCACGUGUGAACCACGUGUGAACCACGUGUGUAGCGAACUUUAUGGUAAUAAAUACGAAUUAGUCACUGGUGACUGGAUGACAGACAUAUUGAGAAGUUGAAGGAUACAACCUUGACAUAUGUUAAAAGUACCGUACUAUCUUUAAUUCCCAAACAACCCUUAAACUUUACACAAAACCUGUCAAAGUUAAUUACCUUUGAAUUAACCUGAUUGGUGUGUCCGGAGUAUCAGGUGACUGUUUUCCAGUGAUCCUAUUGGCUGUGAUAUCACAGGUUACUGUUUUCCUGUGAUCCUAUUGGCUGUGAUAUCACAGGUUACUGUUUCCAGUGAUCCUAUUGGCUGUGAUAUCACAGGUUACUGUUUCCAGUGAUCCUAUUGGCUGUGAUAUCACAGGUUACUGUUUUCCUGUGAUCCUAUUGGCUGAUAUAUCAAAGUUGGCUUCACUGGUUGGUUCUAAUUUGUUGGUCCAGUUGCUCGGUGAAAGGUUAAAUUAUUAGGUGGAAUUUGUGGUGGCUCAGGUGAUAAUUUUCAUGACCCUUCUUCUACAUAAUACAGGAGCAUACCUUUUGUACUUUACUAUGUACAGUAAAAUGUUAUACUUUUCCGAUACAAGAAGAAAACCUGGACAUGAAAAUGGCGAAAUGUGAUGAAGCUAAUGUAGCGCUCUAGAAAAAGUUAAUGGCAUUUUGUACCUACAAUGUUCUGGAAUUAGAUGGUAAUGAUUGCGUAGUAUUUCUAACUUGAAUAUCAAGUUUCUCAUGCUGACGCACAGUUAAUGUGCUACGCUGUGGUUUUUAGCAAAUUUAUUUUAAUUUAGUCUAUUCAAUAACAAAGUUUGUGCUGGCCAUAUAUGUCAUAACUUUUUAAAGUUUUUAAUUCGAUUUAGAUUAAAUUUAGAUUAAAUUAAUGGUUUGAAAAUCUGUUGCGUGCUUUGUUUCAAAGAUGGAGCGAUUUGAUGACAAUGAUUACAAAUGUACACUUUUUUUCUAAAAUGUUGGUUGGUAUUUUGAUUAAAAAUAUUACGUAUGUGAUGAAA